GUAUUUAUAUGCCCUUUCAAUGUGUUACUCAGACAAACUAUUUCAACCAAUUUCUCCACUAAAACUUUGGAUCUGAACAUUGAAAACUCUUGUUCAUAUUAUCUUUGGAUAUGGCCUGUGAAACCAAGUUAUGGUUAGUGGGUGUUUUUCUCUUGAUCGCAACGUACAUGCAACGACAUUGCGUUGUUGCAGGUGAUCCCCAAGUACCUGGUUUUUUCAUCUUUGGAGACUCUCUGUCAGACUGUGGAAACAACAACAAUCUAAAAACUGAUGCUAAAGCUAAUCACCCACCUUAUGGGAUUGAUUUCCCAAAUGGCCCCACUGGGAGAUUCACCAACGGCCGUACUACUGUUGACAUACUCGCGGAGCUUUUGGGAUUCGACGCAUAUAUUCCCCCCUUUGCAAAUACGAGUGGUUCAGACAUACUGAAAGGCGUGAAUUAUGCAUCAGCUGCAUCAGGGAUUCUCAACGACACAGGCUCACAUUGGGGUGAGCAUUUUUCGUUGAAAAAACAGAUGGACAACCACAAUGCCAUAGUUUCGAAGAUCGGCAUGAAACUUAAGAGUCCUGAGAAAGCGAAAGAACACCUACACAAGUGCUUAUAUUAUGUUAGUAUAGGCAGCAAUGAUUACUUAAACAACUACUUCGUGCCAGAGCAUUACAAUUCAAGUAAAAGCUUUUCAACUGCCGAGUUUGCCAAGGCCCUUAUGAAAGAAUAUUCAAGGAAUUUAAAGGAGUUGCAUUCACUUGGAGCAAGGAAGAUUGUUUUGAUGGCAGUACUCCCCAUAGGGUGCCUUCCAGGGGAAGUUUCUGCACGUGGAAAACCUGGAUCACUGUGUGUUAAAGAGGAAAACGAAGCAGUGGUCCCUUUCAAUGAGGAGCUUAAAUCAUCAGUUGAUCUUUUCAACAAAGAAUUCCCUGAUUCUAAAUUUAUUUAUAUUGACACUGCUGCUGCGAUAUUAACCGAAAAGACUAAAGACAUCCAAGGUGCUGUAGAAGGUGUUGAAUGCUGCAAAGUUGGGUCGAAUGGACUGUGUGUGGCUAAUGAGGAGCCAUGCAAGGAAAGAAGUAUAAGGCCAUUUUUUGAUGCAUAUCAUACAAGUGAAUUCGCCAACAAAGCCAAUGCAGCAAUUGCUUAUAACGAUGUUAGUGGCAAAGCUGCGUACCCAAUGGAUAUCAGUCACCUGGUGAAGGAGAAGUUGGAAACUUAGAGUUCGAUCAAAUUUAGGCUUUCUUUCAUUUUUAAUUCUAUCUUUAGUAUACACACUGCCAUAUUUAAGUUAUUUUCAUUUCUCUCUAAUGUGUUUAUAAUAAAGUUACAGCUUGGUCACCAUUACCAUUGGACACCAAGAAGUUAAGUAGUAUAAUGCAUGGCAUUUAUAUUUUUCUUUAUCAAUUGUGUUUUGUUAUUUUUAUUUUAUUUUGUGUAAUACUUUUCUAUGAUUUUCGAU